GGUCUCCUGCGCGCUUAAUUUAUACUCCAACUCCAUUGGUCCAACCUGCCAAAACACGAAUACCCAAAUCCUGAAACUUUCAUAUCUUCAUCAAAUCUCUCGCAGAGAAAUCCAUGGGGGAUUACAGAUCAAAGUCCUACGCCGAUGGCAGGAUGCAGGCGCAGACCUACUAUGGACAAAGAUCCAGUUCGAACCUUCAUGAGAUGAGGUCUUGCUGUUCAUUUGAUGCUACUUUUGCACCGCCGCCGCUACCGACUCAAGUGGGUGGCGUGAGAGAGAUGAAGUUGAAGAAAGCCAAGAGCACGAGUACUGGGUCUUCUUGGAGGUUCAAGGAUCCAGAGUUGCAGAGGAAGAAGAGGGUUGCUAGCUACAAGGCUUAUUCUGUUGAAGACAAGGUCAAAGGGUCCUUGAGGAAAAGCUUCAAGUGGAUCAAGGAUAGGUACAACCAUGUGGUUUAUGGGUGGAGGUGAAAUUUCUUGAUUUUGAUCUGAUAAUUCUUGGGUUUCUUGUUUUGUGCCUGAUAACUGUUGGAUGUAUUGUCAUGGGCUAAUACCAUAAGAACUCAAGAUUUGGGUUUUUCCAGAAAAUAAAGUCGAGCUCUUCUUUUGUCA